AUGUUAAAUGCAUUUCUGUUGACUCACACACAGUGUGAGUUUAUAAAGCAUAGGCAGGGUGGAGCAGGAGCUGGGGUUGCUGGAGCAGGAAGUGGGCAACAAGCAGCAAGCAGCUGCGGCAGCUGACAGAAGCAGAAAUCCUUGAUGGCCAAGCGGGUGGAAACAGAUAUUGGCAACAUCGUUGACAUUUUCACACACCAUUGUCAAUCGUUUCAAGCAGCCGACUCUUUGCUCAAGGUUGGUGUCCAAGCUUAGCAGACUGUGAUUUUUUCCAGGGUUUGCAUCUCUUCAAAUGACCAUGUAGACCAAAGAAUAGUCGAGUUUAACCAAACUAGCAGAAAAAACAGAAUGGGUAUGUUGGCCUAGAAUUGGGAGGAUGGCUGCGCUAGCCUUAAAGAUCCUUGUGAAUCUCACUACUAUUCCUCUGCACAGAGAACAAGUUCAAACCUUGCAACCUUGAAACUAUGGGUCUCAAAUGCCCUGAAAAGAGAUUAGAUUGCUGCUCAUUUACGUCAAAUCAGAUUUUUUUUUUUUUUUUUUUUUUUUUUUUUUUUUUUUUUUUU